AUGGGAAUUCCUUCCGAAGACAUUGAAUGUCAACAUCAUUUUCUGAGACAGUGCCAACGUUCAUUACUCAACCAUUUUCUGCUUGAAAGCGCAUCUUCUUUGACUUUGAGCAUCUUCUAUUUCAUCUCCAUAUGGAUGUCGUUUAGUGGUGAAGAAUAUACCGAAAGUGGCUGGUUUUACUUAGCGGCGUUUGCGUGCUUCGCGAACUUUGUCCUAUAUGCAGCUGAUUUUGCGAUUUACUUGAGACGAUGGAUGAUUGAACGACGAGACGCA